GAACUCACUCGCUUGUCACUGUAUAAUCAGUUUCGUAACUGCGCUCGAAGAGUUAGGAGGUCUCAACUGCUACUCUCAUAUUCGUGAAACUUUGCUCUCUGGCUGCUCAUUUUUAGGUGUCAAAAUGUCGCGACGCAUUCAUUUGUUUUGCGUCACCUUAAUUGUUUUACACUGUCUCACUGAGGCCAAAUAUGUGCCUGGCAUUUCCUAUAUAGAUGACGUGCAACUCUCUUAUGAAAAUGGGAUUUGGCAAUGUGAUCGCAUAACAUGUAAACAUGAUAUUCAUGGCUGUAAGAUUUCGAUAAUUAACAAUCCCGCGGACAAAAAUGAGUUGUUACGCUCGAGUGCCUGCUAUACGAAAGAUGGCACUGUAACUCGCGAGCUCAGCCAAACACAGCGUAUGGUAAAACCGAAAACCGUCAAUAUCGAUAUAGACUCUUACGUUGGCGCACAGUCGUUAUAUACGACGGGCUACAGUUUGAGCUGGCAGGAAGUAAAGGGCACCAUAGCCGCUGAAGAUUGGGCCAAUGCGCAAAAGACCACCAGAGACGGUAUGAAAGCUGUCGAUGAGUCCAACAGUUAAUUGAAGAACUCACAAAAGAGAGAGUUGUAACUUGCAAAAAGCAAAAUUAAAUAAAUAAGAAAAACGUAAAAAGAAUAAAUAACUAAAAACAA